GCUGUGCGUGUUACGAAACCCAAAAUCCCAGAAGCCAUCCGAAGAAAUUUUGAGCUAAUGGAAGCUGAGAAGACCAAACUGCUGAUUGCAGCCCAGAAGCAGAAGGUAGUAGAGAAGGAGGCAGAGACAGACCGGAAGAAAGCGCUCAUUGAGGCAGAGAAGGCUGCUCAGGUGGCCAGGAUUCACUAUCAACAGAAGAUUAUGGAGAAAGAAACAGAGAAGCGAAUUUCUGAGAUUGAAGAUGCUGCGUUCCUAGCAAGAGAGAAAGCAAAAGCUGAUGCAGAGUACUACACUGCUCAGAAGCUGGCUGAUUCCAACAAGCUGAAACUUACCCCUGAGUAUCUGGAACUAAUGAAAUACCAAGCAAUAGCUGCCAACAGCAAGCUGUAUUUUGGUGACCGUAUCCCCAACGUGUUCCUGGAUUCCUGUGCCUUCCAGCAAGCUAGUCUGAGGACUGCCCAAGAAACCAGCCUUCCUUCACAGGAGGCCCCAGAGAACUCUGGAGAAAGCCACCUCAGAGCAAAGGAAAGUACUGGCUGACAGAGGUAGAAGAAUACCCGGUGUAGCUCAACAGCUAGCCCAGCUGUCAAUGGGGAUGUUGCCCUGUGCUGGUGGGACGGAUGCAGCGCAUGCGUGGACAUCUUGUGUAUAGGUGGCAGUUGGGUUGAUUUUCUUCUAGCAACACAUUGCAAGUGCUCUGCCUCUUCCGUUUCUUCCCCUAUUAAAUUGGUGCUUCCAAAUGAGGGAUAAUCCUGUACUAACAUACCUAUACUGGAAUAUUAAAAGACAGACACCAGGAAAGCC